AUGUGUGGUCUUCUCGGUAGAACUUCUCCAAGUCCAUAUAGAGUGUGUUUACGAGGACUGGCGAAAGGUUCCUUAGGUGUUCUGGUGCUGUCCCGUCCAGAUGUGAAGCUGUUCGAUUUUUCACCGACGAAAUGGUAUGUUGGAUUUCGGAAGAGAGAACCGGUGGUACAACAUAUCCAUCCUGCUUUAUUUCAUAUGGCAGAACGUGGACGUGGCUAUCAAAGAGAUCCGAGUAGCAAUCGUGAAUGA